UGAGAAUGAAAAAUAAAAUGACAGCUUAACUUGCAAAUGUAAUUAAUUUGUUACCUGUGUGAAGCAACAAACUGUAGAGAAAAAGCUUGAAAAUGAAGUAAAACAAUUAAUGAAUAUUUUUACAAAUUCGGAACAGGAGAAUUGGAGCAAAUAACAGAAAUUUGAGCUCAUUGAUUGAUAAUAAUCUUGAAAAUAAUAUUCACUACGAAGACAUCAGUCGGAGUGAAAUGAUUGUUAAGGAGUGGAUCUGAACAGCAGAAAAAAACUUGAAACUAAUAUUGGAAAAAAAAUGUUUAAAGAACUAAACUGUAGUGGGUUUAUCUAAGUUUACUUACCGAAGUCUACGAAAUCGUUGACAAAAAAUCUUCGAGGAUCUUUCUUCAACCAAGUGAAGUGAAGGGAAUUAAAAAUUUCUCAAACGCCUUUUUGUUACUAGUGAUCGAACCCUAUCUUGAUGUCCUCGGCCGAUGCAGAAGAUACGGACGAAGAGCUCGAUGCGUUCUUACAGUUGGAGGAAGAUUUGCGAAACAUAAAAUCUGUGAUUCAUGUUACCCGAGAAAACAUCGACGCUCUAAAUGCAAAAUUUGCUGACUUUCAACAGCCCCCGGCGCUAUACCUGGAAGAGUAUCAAGAACUCACAUCAAAACUUCAUGAUCUUGAGAUCAAGGAACAGGAUCUUAUGGAAAAGAAGAUACAAAUGCAAAAUGAACAGUUAAGCGAACCCAGCGAACCUCCUGAUCCAGCAGAGCGUGUAGAGACUGAGAGCAUGUGCGGUACGCUAAGCAGACAGUCGAAAAUGUUACUACGAGCCUUCUUACCAAAUCAGCAACGUACAUCCGUGCAAGUAAUUCCAGGAAUGCGGUUAAAGGACGCCUUAGCGAAAGCAUUAAAACGCCGUAACCUUACUUGUGAGUUCUGUGAGGUAACUGCCGGUAACAGUAACUAUCCGAUUCCGUGGGAAACUGAUGUAAGCGCUCUAAACUGCGAUGAAGUGUUCGUUCGUAUCCUGGACAUUGGAUUCCCAACGUAUAUAUCGCAUCAGUUUAUCCGGAAAACAUUUUUUUCCCUUGCAUUCUGUGAGUGCUGCCGCCGUUUGCUGUUUACUGGAUUUUACUGCAAUCAGUGUAACUAUAGAUUCCACCAGCGAUGUGUCGAUAAAGUGCCACCUAUAUGCAGCAAGCGACACAUGGAUAGCACAUUUUAUCAUGUGCUUUUGGCCAACCCAGAAAGCACGGCUGGCAUCAUUAAUCCAGGGGCCGGUGGAUACAGUACGAGCUUGCGUCAUCCACGUUCUCUCAACCAGCAUGAUCGUUCCAAUUCGGCUCCAAAUGUUUGCAUUAAUAAUGUGAUAAAGCCAUUCUUCGGAGGAGAAAAUAGACAUGUGAUCAGCAAUCGACCGUUACAGGCACAAACAAAUCAAGAGCAUUCGCAUUCCACACAAGCAUCACCUACAAACACGUUAAACCAUAGCAAAAGACCGCGGGCUCGAUCAGCUGAUGAAAGCAAUAAGAAUCUGCUAUCUCCAAGGGAUUCCAAGCAAUCCGAUGAAAACUGGAAUAUCCAGGCAGAGGAAAUUUUAAUAGGACAACGAAUUGGUUCUGGAUCGUUUGGUACAGUUUAUAAAGCUCAUUGGCAUGGACCAGUGGCCGUAAAAACAUUGAACGUAAAAACCCCAAGUCCGGCACAGCUACAAGCAUUCAAGAAUGAAGUAGCAAUGUUAAAGAAAACACGUCAUUGCAACAUUCUACUAUUUAUGGGUUGUGUUAGUAAACCAUCUCUAGCGAUUGUGACGCAAUGGUGUGAAGGUAGCAGUUUGUAUAAACAUAUUCACGUUAACGAGACCAAGUUCAAGCUAAACACGCUGAUUGAUAUCGCUCGGCAAGCAGCUCAAGGAAUGGAUUAUUUACAUGCAAAAAAUAUUAUUCAUCGUGAUCUUAAGUCCAACAACAUUUUCUUGCAUGAUGAUUUUUCGGUGAAAAUUGGUGACUUCGGCUUAGCAACGGCAAAGGUACGGUGGUCCGGAUCCCAACAAUCGAAUCAACCAACUGGAAGUAUUCUAUGGAUGGCACCGGAAGUUAUUCGUAUGAAGGAGCAAAAUCCUUAUUCAUUUCAAAGUGACGUUUACGCUUUCGGUAUUGUACUAUACGAAAUGCUGACCGAGCAAUUGCCAUACAAUCACAUCAAUAACAAAGACCAGAUUUUGUUCAUGGUUGGCUGUGGAAAGUUACGGCCAGAUUCGACAAAAGUACGAACAGACUGCCCACAAGCUUUAAAGCGUUGUGUUGAGGAUUGCAUUAAGUUCAAUCGUGAUGAACGACCGCUCUUUCGAUUAUUGCUAAACAUGUUAGAAAAUAUGCUGCGAACCAUGCCUAAGUUCCACCGAAGCGCAAGUGAACCUAAUUUUACUCAGACCCAACUACAAAAUGACGAUUUUCUAUAUAUGUGUUCAAGUCCUAAGACACCGGUAAAUUUCCACAACUUUCAAUUCUACAACGGUGCAGGAAAUUAUUAAGCUAUUCAACUGAUAUAAUAGUCGUUACUAGAAACAUGCUUUAUUGUUUUAUAAAAUAAACAGAUUCAUCUUGUUAGUUUCUCGCGUAGAAGUGUAGAAUGCAGUAAAUCUUGCAAAAAGACCAUCGCAUGGUAUAAGAAUGAUAGUAAAAACAAAUUAAACAAGUACGACAAAAGGACAGGAAUUUUGUCAUGAAAAAUCCAAGCGUUAGAUACAACUACUUACUAUUGGUUUAUUUUUACUUAAUUUGUGUAGCACGCAUGAAUGAUAGCUUAUUUGAAUAAAAUCUCAUACAUUUUUUUAAACGAGAGAAAACCGAUUUAAACCAAUUGCUUUACCCAUUAAAUGCACAUGACUAGAACUUUAUUCAAUCCAUAAUACAGAUAUAUGCUAUUAAUGAGGACCUAAGGCAAUAGCGUAUCGCAAAUAUUAGCGAAAGUCGAAUUUCGAGAUUUUCAGUCAAAUUAUAGCUAGUUUACGUAUCAUUUUGCUUGAAGAGGUAGAGCGUUUCUACAUACAGCGUAACGUCGAUUAUCCGGGCAGCUCGGGACCGGGCGGUUACCGGUUAAUCGAUUUGCACGCAUGAUCCAAGAAAUGUAAAAUUCAUUGAAAAAUUAUGAAAUUCACUAGUUUUAUGAUUAAUUUAUCUUGAAUCAAUCGAUUAAUCGUAAGAAGAAUAUUAUUUUAAUCAAUGACUAUAGGUUUAACAAUUGUUCAUGAACAAAAAUGAAUUUCGAAAAUACUACUAGACACUACAGAGCUGCACAAAAAACGGGUUGCCCACUUGACUACCGCAGCAAAUGUUCGCUGUACGUUUGAACAGUUGUCACAUUUAUGCGCACGAUUAAGCCGCCCGCCGGUUAAUCCGCCCGUGGAUAAUCGACGUUUUAAUGUAUUCCGAGACUGCAAGGGAGAAAUGGCUGUGAGGCUGGAAAUAGACGAUCAGGGAUCGUCACGGUACGACGAAAAUCGCGAAUGACUUGAGCUGUCAAUUCUGUUAUAAAAUCUGACAGAUAAGCGAGAUAAUCGCGGUUCGUGUGCCAAGAAGAAAUAUGGUUUAAUCAAUUUCCAAAUGAAAUUAUUUAUUUCACAUUGUUUAUGCAAAAUAAAAUACAGGCGUCCCCCGAGUUACGACCCCUCGA